AAACAAGCCGCAGCAUUUUCAACAAUUGUUUAUGUCAACAGAUAAAACAGCAAAAUAGACUCAUAAGUUAGUAAAAUGGCAAAGAUUCACAUCGACAAACUCGCAGCCAAUUCAGUGGAGGCUUAUUUAGAAUACAAAAGGAUUGUUGGGGAAGAUGAUGGAGGAAGGCUGUUUUCGGAGGACGAGUACAAGAAAUACAAAGAGACAGUGGUGCCAGGAAGAAUACAGAACCGCCUUUAUGUCAGUUUUGGCGUCCCGGGACAGAUAGAUUGCAAAGUUAUUGGACCUGAGACAACUUGCUUCUGUACACACAGGUAUAAACAGCAUCGCACAGACUAUGAGGAGUUGCCAAAAGAAAGGCCUGUCCUCUUGCCCUGUAGAGUCAAAGGUUGUCAGUGUGCUUCUUAUGAAUAUGUUCAUAUCAACGGCUCUAAACCUGUGCGCUGCCGAUGCAAACACACAACAAGUGAGCACAAAGAAGAUGCAAGGCAUUUGUGCAAGAAAUGUACUCACUGCACUGGUUAUCGAAGUCCAUUCCCCUGUGGAUGUGGUGAGCCAGGAUAUACCCAUGUGACGCUGAUUGAAACCAGGGAAGAGCGCAUUGCACGUGGUCAUCCAGUGGGCAGAGCGGUCCCUUAUGCAGCUAUGGGAGGUCUGACUGGCUUCAGCUCACUAGCGGAAGGCUAUCUGAGACUGGAUCCCAGUGGCAUAGGGAAUACAUGUUAACAGCAUACAGUAGGCAACUUGUCACCUGAUACUCAUGCUUUUGCAAACAUGAUAUUAGCAUUAGAUUAGCACACGCCCCUAGAGUAAACAUUGCUGUUAUUUUAUCUUUUGUGAUUAGAAUGAGAAGUAACUUACAAGUUACUGAACUGCUGCUUUUAUACACUGAUAAAAAUCUUCUUAUUGGCAUCCAUGAGGACCUUUUACCAUCCAUGGAACCUUUUUUAACACACAAAAGGUUAUUUGGGGACAUAAAUAGUUAUUUUAAAUAAUAAAAUACUUUUCAUUGUAAGAAAAUAAUUUAAUCAAAAACUUUAUUAUUUUUCUUUAUAUAUCUGUUUUAAAAUAUUUAAUUAUAAUUUACUCUAUAAUUUAAAUAUAUUAUAUGUAAUAAAUAACAAAG